GUUUGCCACUACUUUUCGUCUCUACUUGGUCUUUUAUAAUGUCACGUGAUCUCCAUACUCCAUGCUGGAAAGGCUACGGAAAAUCGAAAUACGUGUGGAUUUUAACAGGACCCAUGGUUAUAGCUCUACUGGUUAACAGUGUCUUCAUGGUGAAUAUUGUUAGAAUCUUGAUCACCAAACUAAAUCGAAGCUCGUCUGUGGAAAGCAGGCAAAUCAAGAAAGCCGUAAAGGCAACUGCUUUAUUAUUUCCUCUUCUGGGCCUUACCCAUUUAAUGUUCUGCAUCAAUCCAAAAGACGACGCCAUGUUUGAAGAAGCUUACAUGAUUACCAAUGCCAUCUUACAAUCUUCACAGGGUUUUUUUGUUGGUUUGCUCUACUGCUUCAUGAACUCCGAGGUUCAGACUGUAUUGCGCAACAGCUACUUGAGGGCAGUGAUACGUCGUAAUCCAAAUCACAAAUAUACCAGAAACAGAAGUUUGCCGCGAACAUCUAUGGCCUUCCUUUCCCACACAGAUAUGUCUGUAACAGACACCGCUCGCCACAAGGUGGCGCCCUGCAGAAAAACGCUAAUGCCACUUCAAGAAAUGUCUGUGAACGGGAGGAAAUCUGAUGAUGACCACGACAAAGAAAGGACAUAUGUGUUUUAAAUUCUGUUUUGUGAAUGUGCCAGUAAAUUGCAUAACUGGAAUUAUCCCUCUCAUCUGAUGCAUGUAACUGUCAAAACGUCUGUCUUUUACUGAUGUAAAACUAAUAUCACUACUUAACCAGUUAACUGUGAUUGACGAGUAUACUCGUCAUGGAAAAUCGGCACAAUUUUGUGUAUUGACGAGUAUACUCGUCACGCGUAUAUUAUGUUAAUGAAAUGGAAAGAUAAAAGGGA